CAUAUGUUCCAUACAUACCAUUUGUCGUCUCCUCUCAGACACAGUCGAUUUUGAUUCAACCAAUUCACCGGCAAACCACCAAUAAUGGACGGUAUCAAUCUAUUCCAUCAAUUUGUGGCACGGCACAAACCACAAUUGGAAGCAUCCAGUGUGCCACAACACUUUUGGCAAUCGAUUUAUCGCAAAGUGACAACGGAAACAUUUGAUGCCGGUGUUGUGUUGCAGUUGAUGUUGAUCGAAUACGACGAGGAAGAUGCUGAGGAGACCAAUGUGACAGAUGAUGAAAAAGAAUGUCGGCCGGUCUUUGCUCUAUCCGUUGCAGCCGAAGGUGGCAUUCGGGCCAACGAUCCAAAUGCUGUAUUUUUAGUUGAUCACGCCUGGACAUUUAGAACAAAUAUUGCACGACAGCAAUUGGAGCAAUAUGACGAUUUAUUGAAUCGUAUGUGCGCCAUUACAGGUGUGGAUCUGGAGGACGAACAGCGUGUUGACAAAGUGUUGUCUAAGAUGUGGAAAUAUGCCCAAGUUUAUACUUUGAACAGUGAUCAAUUAUCUGAUGAAGACCGUCAACCUAUUUGGUAUAUGAUGGAUGAGGUGGGCUCAGCCGUGGUCCAUUCAGAUGAACCGAAUUUCCGCUUGGUACCCUUUUUGCAUUUAGAUACCCAGGUGACCUAUAGUUUGCUGUUCCCCAUUAAGGAUUGUGAACAAGGUGACCAGGUGUGUCGUGACUUUGUCGAAUAUGUGGCCAAAGAUGCUGAGGAGCGUAAGGUAUUAUUAUUGCCUUGGCGUUUCACCGAUUUAACCGAUGAAAGUUUCGUACAGUCCGAACCCUCUGUUGAGUAUUUUUCAGCAGGCCACAUACCAGAAACCUAUCCCGAUGAGGAUCUUCUCUGUGAGCCACAGAUUGAUCGGAAUGAUCCCCUGAAAGUCUACGCCGAAUACGACAUUGUGAGACAACAUUUGACAUCGCCAUACUUUACAUUGGUUGACAAUUCCGAGGAUGCUGAUGUCCUGUGGUUAACAACACAUUUCAGAGAUUUUGCUGAGCUAGCUCGCACAACACCUAACAAGUUUGUCAAUCAAUUUCCCUUCGAAUAUGUGAUUACCAUAAAGGAUUUACUCAGCAUCACAUGCCGUAGGGCAGCCACAGAACAUCACAACAAAGAAACCUUGGAAACUUAUCCAACAUGGAUGCCUACGACCUAUAAUUUGAAAACUGAACUUUUGCAAUUUGCCUCUUACUAUCAAAAUAGAGCAGCCAAGGGUCUAGAUAAUCACUGGAUUGUAAAACCCUGGAAUUUGGCCCGGGGUCUUGAUACCCACAUCUCCAAGAGUCUUAGCCAAAUUGUACGUUUGCCAACUACGGGACCUAAAAUUGCGCAGAAAUAUAUUGAAGAUCCCGUUCUCUUCUAUCGUGACAAUCUCAGUGCCAAGGUAAAAUUUGAUGUCCGCUAUGUUGUCCUCUUGAAGAGCGUAAAGCCAUUGGAAGCAUUUAUACAUCGUAAAUUCUAUUUGCGGUUUUCCAAUAAACCAUUCUCUUUGGAUCGUUUUGAUGAUUAUGAAAAACAUUUUACCGUUAUGAACUAUCAAGACAAUGCUGAACUGCAUCAUGUCAAGUGUGAUGACUUUUUGGAAAUGUGGCAACAACAAUAUCCCAAGCAUUCGUGGUCUGACAUUGAAGAUCGUAUUUGUACUAUGCUGUAUGAAAUGUUGGAAUGUGCCACCAAAGCACCAGCACCAUGUGGUAUUCAACCCUGCUCGCAAUCAAGAGCAUUAUAUGCUGCCGACAUUAUGUUGGAGUGGAAUAAUAAAUCCAACACAAUACUACCUAAACUAUUAGAAGUGAAUUGGACACCAGAUUGCAAGCGUGCCUGUGACUAUUAUCCGGAUUUCUAUAAUGACAUAUUCAAAUUGUUAUUCCUCAACGAACCGAAUGACGAUGUUUUCCGUCCAUUGCAAAAGGAGUACUAAUAAAUGCCAAUUAUGUAUUUUUUCGAGAAUUUUUCUUGUGUUGCUUUUGUAUGCAGUUUUGGCUGACGAAAGAGUGCCCAGCAUAUGAUAUUAUUUCAGAAAGCUUUUAACUAAAGAUUUGUUUUAAUUUAAGAAUGUUUUAUUUAUAGUUUAUUACAGGUGUAAUAAAAUUGAAAUUUAUGUAUCGGA